GAAUGAAUCAAGAUCAGGUGCUCCCACAAAUUGGUCCACUACCCAUAUAGUACUACUUGAAAAGACCAUUCCCACAAUUAUUAUUAUUGUUGGUUUAAUUUAAUUUAUUUCUCUCUCCCUUCCACACCACAUAAACAAGCUAGCUAGUACUACUUAUUCAUCAUCUCUUCUUAUACUUCAUUUUCAUCAUCACUACUUAUUAACUUCAUACACUAUAAUCAUUCUUAGAGAGAGAGAGAGAGAGAGAGAGAGAGAGAGUAAUGAAAUCGGGUGAGGUAGAAGAGGAAAAAGCAGCGGCGAUCAACGAGGAUAGUACCGGUAGUGGUGGCGGUGGUUCAUCCGAGGAUCUGAGUUUAAAGAAUCUAUCAAAGAUUAUAAUACCACCAUUGGGUGUAGCUUCAGUUUAUUACACUUCUCACAACCAUUCUAAUGGCAAAAUCCUCUCUCCCAUGGAUUCCCGAUACCGGUGUUGGGAGACAUUGAUGGUAAUAUUGGUGGCGUACUCGGCAUGGGUGUGCCCUUAUGAAAUCGCGUUUCUAAAAUCAAAUCCAAACACGCCUUUAUUCAUAGCGGACAACAUCGUAGACUUCUUUUUUGCGGUCGAUAUUGUCUUGACGUUUUUCGUUGCCUACAUCGAUUCCACUACUCAAUUAUUAAUUCACGACUCCAGAAAAAUCGCUAAAAGGUAUUUGUCAACAUGGUUCAUAAUGGAUGUGGCGUCGACAAUACCAUUCGAGACCAUAGCUUUCUUCAUUUCAAGCGAACGUCACUCGCCGCUCACUUAUUCCCUCCUCGGCCUCCUCCGAUUUUGGCGGCUCCGCCGUGUCAAGAGUUUCUUUACCAGGAUUGAAAAAGAUAUCAGAUUUAGCUAUUUCUGGGUCAGAUGUGCCAGACUCUUGUUUGUAACACUAUUACAAGUGCAUUGUGCUGCAUGCCUAGCAUACUUGCUUGCCGACAUAUAUCCGAACGGAGGGAACACAUGGAUCGGGUCGGCCAUACCGAAUUUCAGAGAAACGAGCCUCUUAAUAAGAUACAUUUCGGCUAUGUAUUGGUCAAUCACAACCAUGACCACCGUCGGGUAUGGCGACAUACACGCGGUCAACGCCUUGGAGAUGGUCUUCAUUAUCUUCUACAUGCUCUUCAAUCUCGGGUUGACCGCUUACAUCAUCGGUAAUAUGACUAACUUGGUCGUUGAAGGCACCCGACGGACCAUGGAAUUCAGAAACAGCAUCGAAGCUGCAUCGGAUUUCGUAUCACGAAACCAUUUGCCUACACGACUAAAAGAGCAAAUAGUAGCUUACAUGUGCCUUCGAUUCAAAGCAGAGAGCUUAAACCACCAGCAACUCAUCGAGCAGCUCCCGAAAACCAUAUGCAAAAGCAUUCAACAACACCUUUUCUUGCCAACAGUCAAGAAAGUCUAUCUCUUCAAAGGCAUCUCAACCGAAAUUCUCCUGCUCCUCAUUGCGGAUAUGAAAGCGGAGUAUAUUCCGCCGAGAGAGGACGUGAUAAUACAGAACGAGGCGCCCGAGUACGUGUAUAUUAUAGUGUCGGGAGAAGUUGAAAUGAUCGAUAGCGAGACUAACGAGGGAGAAAAAGCAGUGUGGUGUUUUAGGUGCGGCGAUAUGUUUGGAGAAGUUGGAGCUUUUUGUUCAAUGCCUCAAAGCUAUACGUAUCGAACGAAAACGCUUACGCAGCUUCUCAGCUUGAAGACGACUUCUUUGAUACACGCAAUGAAGACGAGACAAGAAGAUAAUGUCACCAUGCUCAAGAAUUUCCUUCAGCAUCACAAAAAGCUUAAGGAUUUACGUUUAGGGGACUUAUUUCUCGAAGGUGACGAAGAAGAUUCUAACAUGUCGAUAAACUUGCUGUCGGUUGCGGGUACCGGAAAUGCGGCGUUUCUCAACGAGCUUCUUGAGGCAGGGCUGGACCCUGAUGUUGGAGACUCUAAAGGAAAAACCCCUUUGCAUAUAGCAGCAUCGGAAGGGAACGAAGACUGCGUCUUAGUCCUUCUGAAGCAUGCUUGUAGCUUACACCUCAAAGAUUUAAACGGGAACACGGCAUUAUGGGAAGCAAUUGCGUCGAAGCACCACUCGAUAUUCAAGAUUCUAUACCAUUGGGCUUCGGUUUCCGAUCCCUACGUCGCAGGCGAUCUCCUCUGCCUAGCCGCCCGGAGAAACGACCUCGUAGUAAUGCAUGAGCUUCUGAGAAACGGGCUUUACGUGGAUUCGCAUGACCGCCACGGAACGACAGCUGUACAAGCUGCGACGAACGAGAACCACAUGGAGAUGGUGAGGUACUUGCUCAUGAACGGAUCGGAGGUCAACGAGUCGGUCAAGAACAAGAUUCCUUCGGAGAAUUUGAACGAGAUGCUAAAAGAAAGAGAGGUCGGACAUCGUAUAGCCGUGUCCGAGAUGGAAAACGAUGAUGUUUUGAGACGAGUGAACGAAAACGACCGAAAGGGUGGUUUAGGAAUCGGUAAUAGUAAAGGGAAUGUGGUUUUUUCGAGGGUGAGUGUGUACAAAGGUUGUAGUAACGACCGGAGGGAAGGUCGUUGUGCUGAGCCAGGGAAGUUGAUUCGGCUGCCGAAUUCGAUUGCCGAGCUCAAGAAAAUUGCGGGUGAGAAGUUUGGAUUUGAUGCUGAAAAUGCAGUGGUGACUAAUGAAGAAGGUGCUGAAAUUGAUUGCAUUGAGGUGAUUAGGGAUAAUGAUAAGCUGUUUAUAGUUGAGAAUCUUGAUUAGUUAUGUAAUUAGGUCUGAUAAUUAAUUGCAUUAGGUGUGUAGAAAAAAACUGGAAAUGAUUAAUUGGAGAGUUUAUAAUAAUAAGGGGGACUUGAUUGCAAAUUUCCAAUCUCUCCAUAAAUUCAAAUAUUGCAAA